UUGCGUAGCGGAGCACGCCGACCAGCAUGCGGGAGGACGAAGGGGACGCGGGCGGGUCAGCCGGUGGCCUCGCCUCCGUAGGGUCGCCGAUGCUGGAGGUCUGUCCGAAGGCGGAGGCGGCGAAGCUGCUGCCCUUCCUGGCGCUCGGGGUGCGGGCUGACCUGCAGGCGGCGGCGGUGCAGCAUGUGCUGGCGCUGACAGGCUCGGGGCCCGGCCGCACAUUACUGGCCGGCCAGGCGGCACUGCUGCGGGCUCUGGUCGAGCUAGCGGUGGCCCCUGCUCCCGCCCCGGCCCGAGACGCCGCUCGCGCACUAGUCAAUCUGGCCGCCGAUCCCGGCCUGCACGAGCCGCUGCUGGCGGCCGAGCCCGGACUACCUGCCCGCCUGCUGGGCUGCGCGUUGGACCCACAGUGGCCCUGGGCCGAGGAGGCGGCCGCCGUGCUGGCUAACCUCAGCCGCGAGCCGGAGCCAUGUGCUGCGCUGAUGGCGGCGCUGGCGGCCGCUGAGCCCGGGGAGCCGGGCCUGGAGCGGCUGGUGCGCGCGCUGUGCACUCCCGGUUACAACGCCCGCGCGCCCCUGCACUACUUGGGGCCAAUGCUCUCCAACCUCAGCCAGCGUCCUGCGACGCGCGCUUUCCUGCUGGACCCCGACAGGUGCGUGGUCCAGCGGCUGCUGCCCCUUACCCAAUACCCGGACUCCUCGGUGCGCAGGGGCGGGGUGGUGGGGACACUGCGAAACUGCUGCUUCGAUCACCGACACCAUGAGUGGUUGCUUGGGCCUGAGGUGGACAUUCUCCCCUUCUUGCUGCUGCCCCUGGCUGGGCCUGAGGACUUCUCUGAGGAGGAGCUGGAGCGGCUGCCAGUUGACCUGCAAUACCUGCCACAAGACAAGCAGCGAGAUCCUGACGCUGACAUCCGCAAGAUGCUCAUAGAGGCCAUCAUGCUGCUGACGGCCACGGCGCCUGGUCGGAAGCAGGUGAGGGACCAGGGAGCCUACUUGAUCCUGCGCGAGCUGCACAACUGGGAGCCGGAGCCCGACGUGCGGUCGGCUUGUGAGAAACUCAUCCAGGUUCUUAUUGGGGACGAGCCAGAGCACGGCAUGGAAAACCUGCUGGAGGUGCAGGUACCUGAGGAUAUUGAGCGACAGCUGCAGCAGCAGGACUGCCAGAAGCAGGAGCGACUCGAGCCGGCGCAGCGGAGCCGCGGCCCCAGAGACGCAAACAGAGGGAGCCGCACCCACCCGAAGCCGUGAAGCCGCCACCAGCUCCGGGCCCGCUGUCGCUCGCCGUCCGUCCAGGCCUCCCAGACCAGGCCCGCCGGCACCUGCCGGCAGCCCUCUGGGGCCCCUUGCUCUGAGGGCGUGCCCUGCUGAGGAGCAGA